AUGUUACGCUGCUAAGGCGCCGACCGUGGGACACAUUAUUUUACUUUUUCUAAGUUUAUGUUUAGACCCUCUCAAAAUUUGUAUCAUUUAUUUUCCUAAUGUCUCGCUUGAAUGUUUGCCUUUACCCCUUUUGGUAUUUUGUUUUCAAUCAGUCCAGUAUGGCCAGUCCCCCUCGUGGGUACCAGCCACUUUUUCAGACAACAAUGACACACACGCGCCUACCAACCGCCAUCAGGCCAAACCGUAGCAGCCGCAGCAGCCGUAGCCGCAGCCGCGUCCUCGUUGCGGCCGACCGAGCAGCCCUGGGCCCCGUGGCACCGCCAGCCGCCGUCGUGGCGACGCCGCCCAGUCCGCCGAGCCCGACGGCCGCCGCGGCCGCCGUCGUGCAGCCGCAGGCCUCGUCGCUCGUGCUGGCCACCCCGUCCAGCCUGGUGGCGGCCAAGGACUCGCGGUGGCUCCAGCUCGAGGUGUGCCGCGAGUACCAGCGGAACAAGUGCUCGCGCCAAGAUGCCGAGUGCAAGUUCGCCCACCCUCCGCCCAACGUGGAGGUGCAGAACGGACGCGUGAUCGCCUGCUACGACUCCAUCAAGGGCCGCUGUAAUCGAGAGAAGCCCCCUUGCAAGUAUUUCCACCCACCACAGCAUCUGAAAGACCAGCUGCUGAUCAAUGGUCGCAACCACCUGGCAUUGAAGAACGCACUGCUCCAACAGAUGCCACUGCAGGCCAUGCUUCCAGGACAGCUUCCGACGGCGGCCGUGGUAAGUCCCUACUGGUACCUGGGACACAUGCAGAGGCAGCAGCAACUGCAGCAGCAACAACAGCAGCAACAGCAGCAACAGCAGCAAAGCUACGCGCUCUUCAACGGCUCCCUUGCUUCAGCCAAGGCUACCAGCCCAUAUAUGCCUGCACUGACAACGAUGGCAACAGCAUCUUCAUUUGGACAUUACUUGACGCCUAGUCCUGUUUUGCCUGGCAUGAUGACUGCGGACGCUGUGACGGCCCCACUAAGCGUUGUGCCAGCUUCACUAGUGUCCCCACAAAAAGUGGCGCGCACUGAUAGACUUGAGGUGUGCCGGGAGUUCCAGCGUGGCACGUGCAAGCGGCCCGAGACGGAGUGCCGCUUUGGGCACCCGCCCGAACACGUGGCGGUGGACAGCGGGGACGGGGCAGUCACCGUGUGCAUGGACUUCGUCAAGGGCCGCUGCUCUCGGGACCAGUGCCGCUACUUCCACCCUCCCCCGCACCUGCAGGCGCAGCUCAAGGCCACGCAGAGCCGGGCUGGCGCUGCCGCCGCUGCUGCUGCCGCUGCUAUGGCGACAGAGGGAGGAAGCACCGAUGUCGGAUUACAAAUGUACACUCAGCCGGGCCUGGGAGAUCCUUCCGCGAGCAAGAAGCGUCCCCGAGAGUCUGCAGAUGAAGUUGUCCUGUGUUGCUGCCCUGAGUCAUCAUUACCACAUCUGCUUGCACAAGACUUGUUUGACACCCAACAGACUGUCUAUGAGGUGUUUAGGCCUAACAUUGUGGCAUUGCCCGGUCUUGUACCUUACACAAAACGCCCUGCCCUCGAUAAGAGCGGUGUGCCUGUGUACCAGCCCAGCGCCACAGCGUACCAGCAGGCCCUGGCUUUACAGAUGCAACAGCCCUUCGUGCCUGUCUCGUUACCCACGAUGCCCUCUGUCACUCUGGUAUCCGCUGGUGUGGCUGCUGCUGCCCCUAACGCUGCUAGUGUAGCGUACUGUGACGACAAUGGUCAGUUACUGGACACCCUGCCGGUGUGCCGAGAUUUUAAGUCAGGGCAGUGCAAGAGGCCCCAGUGUCGAUAUGUACACCUUGUUGAAGAGUUUGUCGAGGUGGUGGAAGGGAAGGUGACAGUGUGCCGCGACGCUGCCAAGGGUCGCUGUGCACGACCUCUGUGCAAGUACUACCAUGUGCCGGCGCUGUCCCUGAGCCCGCUCUGACAGCGCCCCCCUAGUCAGGCUUGGGGGCCCCCCUGGUUGCUCGAGGCGCUGUGUUGACAAGACUACUCUUAAAUCCCAGGGGAAGAAAGUGGCACACAUGCCAGUCUGCAAAGUAUUUGUUCUGUCAAGUUUUUUUUUCUUUGUUUGUUUGUUGUUUUCCAGAUUUUUUACAUACAUACACACACCACCACCACCACCACCACCAUGAACAUACACAUUUAUAAAUAUAUAUAUAUAUAUAUAUUAUAUAUCUAUAUUUUUUGUAAUAUCUGUAAAGUGUUUAUGUAGCGUUUUGUUUUGAGACAAACUUUUAAGGAAGGGCCGUUUUCAAUCGCGCUUUUAAAGUGUCCUAUGAAUUGACAAAUUUUUUAAUGAAUUGUUAUAGCACUUAUUUGAACCCUUAGUGCAGACAAUUUAUGAGACAUUUUAACAUUGUAUUUUUCAUUGUGGGUGAAUAUCUGAUUAUAUAGGCCACUACAAGAUCCUGUGCUUAACAAAUCUUGUUGUGUAAAUACAAGUAAUUAAUAAGCAGGUUGCUUUUUUAAUUGUAGUUUUAGUGAUCAUGGCUGAGCAGGCUACUGCUGUGUAUAGCCAAAAAUUUUUACCGCUGGUUCAGUAAUAACGAGGAUGAACAGUGCUGUCGUUAUUGUGAAGUUUUGUUGUUUGUGACUGACAUGCCAAGACCAAAGUCUUUACAAACUUGAAACAAGGAAGGGGUGGACAAACCCACACCUAUGCAAACAUUACAUCUCUGAAGCGCACUGUCUCUGCAGUAGCAAGGAACGGGAAAGUUCCUGGAGUAAAAUUUAUGUGCGCUGCUUUCCUUGUUAGACUUGGUUGUUGUCUGUUCAGACUAAGUUCUGGCAGAGCUUGUGCAUUUUGUUCACCGUUUUCUUACAUCGGUAGCACGGAGAACACUGUUUCCAUAGGGGGAAAAAGGUCUUUCUGAAUGCAGUCGUGGCCUUUAACCACUUUGCAAAGAACUUAGAGACUACAAUGUGCAAGAGAGACACAAUGUUGAAUUAAAACAUCUUUUUGCACCCAUAGUAGGCCUCAAGAACAUGAAUGGGUGCAUUUAUUUCAUCUCUGAUCAAACAAACUCCGUUUUGAACAAAUAUUCUUUUUUGUCUCGACAUGCGGCCACAAGGCUUGCUUCUCUGAGCAGGCCUUGGUUGUGACUUAAAUGCCAUUACUUAGACAGAGGCCUCCGGCCUUUUUGCCCACGGGGAUGGUGCUAAUUUAAGGACAGUGCUACUGGGCAUGGUCCGAGACCAUGCUAAGUAACAAGCCUAGCCAUUGCCCACAAGGUCACACAAGCAGUAACACCAGAAAAGCUGUGCUAUACCAUAGACAGGGUGGGAGCGGUCCUUGUUAUGUGGGGGUCUUCUCAUCACACUGCUUGUGUACAUAGGCGUAUCCCAUUCACUGUUCAUUUUCGUCUUGGUAGCAUGGAAACUUCAUUGUCCUUGAUACAUAGCAUAUGCAUGCGAGCAAAAGAGAUAUUGUACACCUAUAUUUUUAUGCAAACACACACACACUUUACUGUUCUGUGCCAUAUUGUUUUCUUUUGUAACAGGUUUAUAUGAUUGCAAGUGUACUCUUUAUCAUAUCAUUGUUUUCAGUUUAUGUAUGUGCUUUUCUUUAAUUUUAGAGUUGUUUUAGAUGCUCUUGUGAAAUCUGUGAGGUUGUUGCUGUCACAGGGAAGGGAGGUUUGUUGCUUUAUACAUUUCAAUGUCCCGCAUGAGUGCACUUAUUUUUCUGGGCGCCCAAAGAGCAGCAGCACACCUAAUGACAGGAUUCCAUCCUUUAUUCAGUCCAGCUGUCCACGGCUGCAUUUUGCCUGGCGUGAAAGGGAAGCUCGAAAUGGGACCAAGUUUUGUCCUAGCCUGAUGCAACCUGAUUUGGCCGAGGAAAAGGGUCGUCCCAGUGUGGCACCUAUUCAGGGGAAAAGCAGUCGUCCAUUCUUCCUGGGAAUCAAAACGUCCAAAUCAAAAGCCUCACUAGCAGUGCGUACUACGUGGCAACGUUUGAUCCGCUUUUGCCCCCUCGCAUCCACAGGAUUUGAGGCUACUUGGGCCUCGUGCCAGUCAAAGUAGUCUCGAAAAUGUCAGCGGACGAGUCCAGAUCAAGUAUAAGAAAUGGAAAACCAAGCAACAUCAGAGAAACAGUGCCUUUUUUUGUAAUAUGCAGGAGUCUUUGUCAUCGCUACGCCUGGCUAACCCCCAUUGUUGCAGAUUUCCUUCACUACACAGUAGCAGGCUUUAUUGAGUUCUCCUCCUUUGGGUAUAUGUGUGUGCACGUCUGGCUUGCAAGUUCUGUCUCAGAGCCUGUUCAAAGAAGUGAGCAGGCAGUGGUUUGGCUGUUGGGCUCAUAGGCCAGUGGGGAAAACUCGUCAUACACCUGUACAGCCCCCCAACUCUUUGCUAUAAUGUGGUUGUCGGUGCUGUUUUGCUGGGUCAGAGGACUUCCUCGUAGCAUCCUCGGGCCGUUGUUGUACUACUUUUGUGGAGUGAUGUUCAAGGGGCCGCACUUUGGAUGGAGGGCGCCACACAUAGGCGAAUGCCCUGCUAUCGUGUGUUCAGGCUUCAUCACCUGGAAGGGCUGUCUAGUCGGGGCACGGGCUGCACUUCCCUUCUUCACGAUGCCCCUUGUCAGAGGCACACAACUUUCCUCUAACUUUAUUAGUUGAGUGUAAAAAAAAGAAUGUGAUAUCUUUUUAUAUAUAUAUAUUAUAUAUAUAUAUUAUAUAUAUAUUAUAUCGACAUAUAUGAGAGAGAAAAGAAGAUACAGUUAUGGCAUAGCAAUUUGUCGUCUACAAAUUCAACAUGCCGCCGCCGCAGCCUCAGCAGCAGCAGCAGCCUCAGCAGCAGCCUUUGGAAAUAUUUCCUUGGUGCUUUGCCUCGGCAGGCCGUCUAGGAAGCGCUUGCGCCCCAUGCACUUUUUUGCUUGAUGAGUGAAUGUGUCCUCUGAUGCUGAUGAAUGUCCACUUUGUUGCAAGAGCAAGCUGGAAUGAGCCAGCAGCCAGACGCUUGCCUCUCUGCUUUGGGCAGCCACAACGAAGUUGGCCGAGGGCGUGCCGUCCUCCUUUUUUCCACUCCCUUGUGCUUCAGUGUAGUUUGCUGUUUUUCUCAUAGACAAAUAAAGUUGCCUUUGUAAUUGA